AGCCGACCAAACGCAAGCGUAUCCAAAGACAAAUUCAACGACGAGAUGCCCACUUGAGAUCGCCGACGUCUCGACAGAAUCCAAGCCGCCGUCUAAAGCUCAAGUCUCGGUCGAGAAUGCUGUCGAUCUCGUCACUCCGAGACAAAAUCCCUUUCAGCGCUGUCAACGUCGGUGUGGGGGGUCUCGUGUUGGCCUCAGUCGUCGUUCUCCUGGUUAAAACUCGCAAUGAUUCGACUAAGCCACAGCUGCGCAAGAUCCACCGCCCCGAUACGACGCUGCCGCUUCUGGAAAACACACUCGAUUUCAUUCGUGCAGCUCGUGAUGGCGACAUGCACGACCGAGCGGUAGAAUUAUGCAGUCAAUUCAAUGGGGAGCCUAUACUCUUUCGCUCCAUAGGGAUGCCUGACGAACUCGUUAUCUCAACCCCCGAAGCAUUCGAAGAUGUUCUCAAAACCCAGUUCAACAACUUCCCCAAGGGAUCUUACAUGUGCCAGAACCUAAAAGACCUUCUGGGUGAUGGUAUUUUCGCUGCCGAUGGGGACUUGUGGGUGCACCAACGCAAGACUGCGAGCAACCUUUUCACAAUGAGAGCACUGAGAGACUCGAUGGCAGCCACGAUUCAACGCCAUGCCGCUGUUCUGUUCGACAUCUUGCAACGUGCAAGUGACAGUGGUGAAACCCUGGAUUUGUUCAGACUACUCAAUCGGUUUACGUUCGAGGCGUUUGCUGAGAUCGGCUUUGGUGUUCGCAUGGGUUGUCUGGACUCGGAUGAGGAACACCCAUUCCAAAAGGCAUUCGACCAUGCACAACGAGCGCUGCUCUUGCGCUUUGUACGUCCGGGUUGGUUCUGGAAAACUCAGCGGUGGCUUGGUGUGGGAGUGGAAGGCGAGCUGAAGAGCGAUAUCGAGGUGAUCAAUACCACUGUGCUGGAGAUCGUCGAAAAGGCUCUAGCACGGCGCUCGUCUAACUGCAGUGAUAGUGGUGUCGACACUGGCAGAGAUAUUGUCUCUCUCUUCCUUGACAGUGUUGGAAGCUCCCCAAAUGCUAACACUCAACAAUUUGACCCAAUGUACCUGCGCGAUAUCGUCGUGAAUUUCUUGAUCGCUGGUCGAGACACGACGGCUCAGACACUGAGCUGGUUCUUUCUAAACCUUACCAAGAACCCUCACGUCGAGACUACCAUCCGUAACGAAAUCGCAGAGAAGAUCCAAAAGUCUGGAGUCGAGGAAGCUGAGACUACCGGCGCAACGAUGCAAGACGUGAGCCAACUCGUCACUCUUGAAGCUGCGUUAAGGGAGACGCUCCGUCUUCAUCCACCUGUGCCGUUGAUCCCUAAGCAUGUGGCGGAGGACACCACCCUUGCUGACGGAACGUUUGUGAAGGGGAACUCCCUGGUUGUCCUCGCAACGUACGCGAUGGCGCGGAUGCAGCACGUAUGGGGCCCCGACGCCGCUGAGUUCAAACCCGAGCGAUGGAUCGACUCCACAACGGGGAAACUGAUCUCUGUGUCCCCUUACAAGUUCGCUUCAUUCAACGCCGGCCCUCGUUUAUGCCUUGGAAUGAACCUAGCUAUGCUUGAGAUGAAGCUGGUCGUGGCAGGCUUGUUGAGCAAGUUUCACAUUGAAGUGCAGGACCCGGACAAGGUGACGUACGAUGUAUCCUUGACGCUGCCAGUGAAGGGCUCUCUCGACGUGAAGAUAUCGCGUACCGUUUCCCCGACAGGGCCAGACUUUGCCUAAGAAUUCGUUGUGGUCACAAGUGAAGGAUGGGAUGCUACCCUACUUCUGGAAUAUCUUUUAUUUUUUACUUUAAAAAGUGAAUUUAUACUUUUUUUCUUAUGAAAAAAGCA